CAGCCACCAUCCUCUCAUCGUCAAUACUGCUGUUCUCUAAAGUCUGAGACUCCUACGUUCCAUCGCAAAGAGCUGGCUUCUCAUCAUACCAACAUGUCUGCACAUACGACCCCGAACUCAUCACCGGCCCACGUUCAGCCACUGCACAAUCCGUCGCAAGCAGCACACGUCGCCGUGCCACAAGCUCCGCUUGGCAAUGCCACAAACGGUCUCUCUAAUCAGGCUCCUGGAAUGGGAGCUAAGGCUCUCCUCGCAAAGAAGUUCGCCAGCCAAAACCCGAAGUUUGUUUCGCCGACGGACAAGUUGAUGACUCCUGUCAGCCAGAAACUGAAUGCAGCGAAGAAGAAACACUUUGCACGGGCCGCCAAGCCGAUGCAACCAUUAUUCGUGGAGAAGGAAGUCAGUUCCGGACCGGACCGUCCGGCAGAAGAACGCGAAGAUGACUUGACGGAGGAGAAGAAAGCCAAUGAUGACGAUGAAAACCCGUUCUAGACUCAUUAGCCGAGAGAUGGACUUCUUGUUCCCAUACACAUGUACGAUACACUCGCUCAUUUGUUUUUUAUGUGGUCGGUUCUGCUGUCCCCUUUCCCUUGACAGCCCGCAAAUAUGUAAUUGUAGUAGUAGUCACAGCUGGCACUGCAUCAAUAUCUGAAUGGUUCUCGUUCUCGCCUCAACUCGAUUCCUCGAGGGACAGUGUUC